CUUUCAAGCGAUUUCCUCGCAAUUUCUCCUCCUGCGCUCUCUCUCACUCGGAGAAGAGGAAAAACAAAGCAAAAAAAGCGCGAGCGAGAUGGGCGCCGGGAGCAGCCACGCCGACGGGCCGCCGCGCCACCGGUCGCGCCUCGGCUUAGCCGGGUGCUUCGGUGCCGGAUCCUCGGCGGCCGCCGCCGGAGACGGCUGGAGACCCGCCGCGGCUGCCGCUUCCUCCUCGCGCUCACACGAGGUUCAUUCUCGUCAAGCAGAGCGAGCAGUGAAUGCAAUGGAUUUUCGGGCUUCUCUAGCUGCUAAGGAUCUCCAUAUCUCCAGUGAGACAGAUCCAAGAGUGCAUUCGUCUUCAAGCACCAUAAGCCAUCAUCUCCGGUUCAAUCACCUCAAUUGUCAUGAAAACAAGGAAGAUGGCCUGUGGACUGAAAACGCUGAAACAAGUGACCUUGAAAGCUCAUCCAGAAAAGCUGUCAUGGUUAGGGGAAAUGUCAGUAAUGAAGCAGCUAAUGUUAAUGGAACAUCGAGAGAAGGAAUAAGUUCUAUAGGAUCAGAGCUGGAAAAUGUUGCUAGCACAGUCUGCACCAAUGAAAUAGGAGGUUCAAUGUCUGAAUCUGAUCCCCAACCCUCGUUAAUGACAUCUGAAAGGAUCAUGGCUGACUUAGAAGGAGAGAUAGCUCCCCAAGGGACUUCAUCCACAAUUGUCAUGUCAAGUGAAAGAUCAGAUAUAUCUCAAUCUAGCUUAACAUCUAUGUUGCCUAACACUUCAACUGCAUCGUCCGUAAUUGGAGAAUCAACACCAGAUUCACUCCCUACCAGAGCAGAUGUUCCCAUUUUCAGUGGGUCACAUGGUCAGAGUGGUGGGAGUAUAUUACAUGAUGACAUGAUGAACAUUUACUCAAAUGAUGGUCUAGGACGCUCUAGAGAUUCAAGCAGCAAUGAAACAAGAAGGGAUCAUAGAAGGGUUCUAUGGGAUGCGUUUUCCAGACGUAGCUCUAGAGGUUAUCCUGAAUCUGAUACAGAUGACCUGGGAUUUUACAGUACAUGGCUAGACCUUGGCGAUGACCUUUUUGGAGAGUUGGAGGAGUCAAGAUAUUUUCAUCGCAGACGCCAUGGUUCAAUCAGAGCAAGCCAGUAUUCAAGAUCCCGGAUUAGGGAGCAUCGCCGUGCUGUUUUUGAGAGUGGUAGUGAACUAAGUACUUCUGCUUGCCCGUUAGGGAUUCAUCAAAUUGGCCGAUGCACCUGUGAUUCUUUCUUGAUUGCUGAAGAAUCUAGUGCGCGAACAAGUAUAUCAAGAAUCGUCAUGUUAACUGAGGCAUUAUUUGAGGUGUUGGAUGAAAUUCACCGUCAACCUGCAUCACUUUCACUUUCCAUGGUCUGUGUUCAGGCACCUGAAUCUGUAGUUAAUUCAUUGCCAUGUAAGAGCCACAAAAAGCUUGAGACACCCCAAUGCAGUGAUGAUAUGGAACAGUGCCAUAUCUGCUUAACUGGAUAUGAGGACGGAGAACAGAUAAGAACUCUUCCUUGCAAACACGAGUUCCACAUGCAGUGUGUUGACAAGUGGCUAAAAGAAGUAAACAGGGUGUGCCCGUUGUGCCGUGGGGACGUCUGCGAAGUUGCCUCUUGAAGACCUUGGCACUGUCAUGCCUCCCGUCGCAUCGGCAUCUGCCGCCGCUUCACGGUUGAAGCUGGUUCAGUCAGGCGUUGGUGAUCCUAUCAUCUUUGACAGUUGGCACCGCUGAGUCUCUCUGCCGAAGAGAAGAGACCCGUAUAUAGCUUUUGUAGCUUCCCCAUGUAUGACAAUCUGGACAUAUGUGUAAAUUCUAGUCCAAUUUUAUUCUACCCGACGCUGGAGCUUCUUCAUUA